ACUGGCCCCCGGAUCAUUACCUACACAAAUAAUUAUUUAAUUGAUAUUGAUGAUUUUAUUUAUUUUUUAAGAAAAAUAUAACACGUAGAGCGAGCGAGCGAGCGAGGGAGAGAGAGAGAGAGAGAGAGAAUGUGUUGAAUAUUUCCAUCUCUGUCGUGCGAGUGGUGACGCAUUAUUUUAGUCGAGAGCGAGACGGAACCCCUUUUUCUUUUCCAUUAAUUUGUUUUUAAUUCAAUGGAAUUUAUUAAUUAUUACUUAAUAUAAUAAUAACAUAAUAUAAAAAUAUAUAGGUACUUAUUUUAAAGUAAAAUCAUCAACGAUACUCCGUCUCUGUCGCACUAGCGCUCGCACACGCGAGAGUGAGAGAAGACAUGGCCCCCCCGCUGCCGCCCGCCCCUCGUUCGCUUUACGAAUGAUAUAAAAGUCAGGCUCUGCCUAGUUUCGGGCACAGUCUCGUUCGAGUAAUCGUCUCUCGCACACACUAUCGGUGUGCGCACGUGUAAAUCGAAACCACUGAACCAAAUCAAGCAAGAUGACCGGUCGCGGUAAGGGAGGAAAGGGUCUGGGAAAAGGAGGCGCCAAGCGCCACAGGAAGGUGCUCCGUGACAACAUCCAGGGUAUCACCAAGCCCGCCAUCCGUCGUCUCGCUCGCAGAGGUGGCGUGAAACGUAUCUCCGGUCUGAUCUACGAGGAGACGCGUGGUGUGCUGAAGGUGUUCCUUGAGAACGUGAUCCGUGACGCCGUCACUUACACGGAGCACGCCAAGAGGAAGACCGUCACCGCCAUGGACGUCGUCUACGCUCUGAAGCGUCAAGGUCGCACCCUGUACGGUUUCGGUGGUUAAACCAACCGCUGCCGCUGAAUCGUCGUCGUGUGGCGCAUCAUCAUCGCCGCGCUGCUUGUUGUUGGCGCAACUACGACGCUACGAGGAUGAUCGCAAAACGAUCACAAAUACACAAAAGGCCCUUUUCAGGGCCGCACAAAUUUCGUUAAUUAUAAUGACUGUUUCUAUCGAAGACUUUACACAAUAAUAAUUAACUACCUAUAUUAUAUUAAUAAUUCCUGUUAUUGCUCUCACAUGGCAUGGCACA